AUGCUAGUUGAACGCAAUUCCUUCAUUUACAUUUCCAUUGUGCUAGCCAUAUUGGUCCCGUGGAUUUUCAACUUCACCAAAUCAAUAAGUAACGUUGAAAAUCUACGACACAUUGUGAAUCACGAGUUGAAAGCUGUCGUCCCGAUACUGCUAAGGUUUAACAAUGAGUUUUUUAUACUCCCUGACUUGAUACAAGCUUCACAAGUGCAGAUUGAUGAGGAGCUACGGGCCUUGGGUGUACGAAACUUGGAAUUUGUGCUUCUGGAUAAGAUUCAAGGAGGUAAUUCCAGUACGAGAUACAUGAUGGACCUUAUCCUUCACCACGAAAAUUCACUUGGAAUCUCUUCUGACUCGUUGCAAGCGGCGAUUUUUUACACGUUGGAAUCCAUCCACUCUAAUGAUUUACCCUUUUUUAUUGCCCAAACGGUAUUGUAUCAUUUCCUAAAUGCAGAUGUGGAAGUGUUUAGCAAAUCAGAGUAUGAGAAUUUCAGAGAGGAUCUUGAGUUUGAAAUCGGAUUCGGCGAAGCAAUACACGAGGAAAGAAGAUCGGAGAUUAUAAGUGUCCUUCGAAGUUUGUCAUUGACGGUGCGCCCAAUAUCGCGUUUACGUUGGACAAUAGACAACAACAAAUUAACGAAUGGUAAUGAUGAUGACGUCGUCAUAAAUUUUCCAGGAAAGCUUUCCAAGACUGUCAAGAAUGACUCGCAUACUACUUUCAAAAUCCAGACAAUCUUAGAAGAUCAGUUGGAUCUUCCUCAGAGACCAAGGAACAACUUACAAAUACGGCUCCUUGCGGCAUACAGAAAGAAAACUUUUUCGAAUAUGAACCUCAUAUUGGACAAGCUUUCUGUGAUUGAGGGUCAUGGCGAACUCGAGACUCAAUUAAAGGAAUUGAUUGCUGAGCUCAGUAAAUCGCAAAAAACUUCUUGGUUGGAUUACUUGGAAACGACUCAAAACAUGUUGAAAUCAUUAGACAAGUGA